AUGCAUCUUCGUGGAGUUUUCCGUGCGGCAAAACUGCCAAGAGGCCAAGGCGCGAUCGGCACCAAGUGGGUGUUCAAGAUCAAGCGCAAAGCGGAUGGAUCGGUCGAGAAAUACAAGGCGCGUCUCGUUGCCAAGGGCUUCAAGCAGAAGUACGUCAUCGACUACACAGAGACGUUCUCGCCCGUGGUCAAGUACGUGACACUGCGUAUGGUGAUCGCGAUCACCAAGUAUUUCGACUGGCCACUGGACCAACUCGAUGUGGUGACAGCCUUUCUCUACGGAGUGAUGAAGGAGAAGGUGUACUGCGUGAUACCAGAAGGCGUCGAGAUGGAUGGCGACUUCGACUGUCUCGAGUUGGUGAAGGCGAUCUACGGUCUCAAGCAAGCUUCACGUGUGUGGAACGAGAAUUUCGACGAGUUCGUAUGCUCUAUCGGUUUCGAAGCGUCGGCGUUCGACCCAUGUCUCUACAUCAAGGUUGUCGACGGUCACUGUGUGCUCGUGCUGGUCUACGUGGAUGACGUGUUGGUCACCGGCAGCUCGCUCGAGUUGAUUGCGCAGACGAAGGCCGACCUCAAGACGCGUUUCGAGAUGACCGACAGUGGUAAGUGUACUUUUGUACUGGGCAUCGAACUGGUGGACGAAUCGGAUGGCAGCGUGACGAUGUGCCAGCUACGGUAUGUCAACGACAUCCUCAAGCGCUUCGGCAUGGAUGAGUGCAAGGCCACAGCAAGUCCGGUCGACUUGAGCACUCGGCUUGUCGCAAGCAGCGAAGCGGCCAAGAUCGACGUUCCGUUUCGUGAAGCUGUGGGAGCUUUGAUGCACUUGACGACUGCGACGCGCCCGGACAUUGCGUAUGCUGUGGGGUACGUCUCGCGCUUCAUGGAGAAUCCGCAGCAAGAACAUUGGACGGCGGUGAAGCGCAUCUUUCGUUACUUGCAAGGGACCAAGUCGCACGGACUCCGCUUCCAGCCAAGCGACAAGAUCGACUUUCGUGGAUACUCGGACGCGGACUGGGCCGGCGACCACACUGAUCGCAAGUCGACUUCGGGUUACACUCUCAUGCUGAUGGGUGCUCCUGUGAGUUGGGGAAGCAAGAAGCAGUCAAGUGUGUCGCUGUCGACGAGUGAAGCGGAAUACAUCGCACUGAGUCUGGCCAUCCAGGAAGGCAAGUGGGUGCAACGCCUGCUAUGCGAGAUUUUAGCGGCCGCAAAUGUUGACGGUCAUCGGUUUCUACCAGUAUUGGUAACCGUGACCGGUCCAAUCCGAACCGCCUGUUCAGCUUGGUAUUUACGACGUAGUUCUUACGGUAAUUACCAUAGUUGA